GGGAGUGUCUAGCUACAGUUGGUAUCUGUUUACUGAAUAUUUCCCCUUUUAGUCUCUGUGGGGAGCAGGCUUGGCUACUAACUCUAUACUAGACAAUUAAAUUAUGUAUAAAAGUUUCAGAAACAAUGCCAAAUUGGACUGCAGAAACAUUAAAGGACAGCCAGAGCUUUGGAAGUUUUGGCAAAUCUAGGGGAAAAGCAACGCAUCCUUAUGAUUGUUGUUCACAACCAUUUGGGAAGCCUAAUCUCAGCUUUUAUCAGACAAUCAGAAGACCACUGAAGAAAUGUAAUAUUUUAUUAAAGAAUUUUCUUAAGGGACCCUCUCGGACUUCCACCGUAGAAACAAGCCAGUCUCCAUCUCUGGAUGAGUGUAAAGCCAUAAUCAGAGAACUGGCCACCGAGCUACAUCGGAUAUCAAAGUAUCAAGAUAAUUUCACCACCAGCCACGAGGAUGGCUACAGCCUGGCAGAGUGUCAACAGUUCAUCCUACAAUGGGCGGAGGAGUUGAGCAUCUUACCAAAGAUAUCCGUGGGGCAAAGCAGGAGCUCACCAAAGCGUUCCUGCUGGGAGGACUAUGAGAUAGAGGAGAGAACAUCUCCAAAAGAGGCUGAGAGAAGACUUUCAAAAGCUCAACACAUCGUCUCAGAAUGGGCUGCAGGACUGCAAUCACGAAAACAGGACUCAGUGUGUCCAGUAGAGGAUGUGUGUUCAGUCCUACAGGAUCUGGAGGGACAGUGGAAGAGAGGGAAACUACCCAACAUGCUCCCUGUCAUGGACUUCAUCAUCUGGACGGUGUUACAGGAACAACCUCAAGAGGGUUCCAUCCCAGAGCUGUGGCUCAAAUCCAAGCAGAGGUUCAAACACUCAGCCUUCACCACAGUGAUUCCUGAACCAGUAUGGGACUGGAUAAGCAAAGCAUCAGUUGACAUCCUCUUGGACCCUGAAUCAGCCAAUCCAGAUUUCAUAGUGUCCAACAAUCAGAAACGUGUGAGAGUGGGCAAAAUAAUAGAGAGUGAACAUGAUCCUAGAGACGGAUACCGUCACUGCCUCGCAUCUCCCAAGUAUGACGGGUGGUGGUGUGCACUGGGAACACAGGGCUUUACCAAGGGUAGGCAUUACUGGGAGGUGGGGGUGGACGGGAAGACAGACUGGAGGAUAGGGAUAGCUAGGGAGUCUGCACCAAGAAAAGGCUUCAUUGAACUGAACACAUCAACAGGUUACUGGACACUUCGGAUGCAGGUCAGUGGGCUGAAGGCUCUAACUGUUCCGGCUGUUGAUAUCAAGAUUCCAGAACAUCUCAAGAAGAUUGGGGUCUACCUUGACAUUGAGGAGGGGCAGCUCUCCUUUUAUGACAUUGUAAGACGCAGCCAUAUCUACACCUUCAAUGACACGUUUUCUGAACAGGUUUAUCCAGUCUUUGGCACAGUAGAGACAGACAGAGACCUUAUCAUACUGUAGUACACAGCUAAAUAGAAAAGAAAAGUCACAGAAGUUUUUGAGGAUGUCUCAUGACUAAGAACCACCCUAGACCACCCUAGACAACCGUAGACCACCCUAGACAACAGUAGACCACCCUAGACAACAGUAGACCACCCUAGACAACCCUAGACAACCGUAGACGACCACCCUAGACCACCCUAGACCACCGUAUACCACCCUAGACAACCGUAGACCACCCUAUACCACCCUAGACCACCCUAGACAACCGUAGACCACCGUAGACAACCGUAGACAACCGUAGACCACCCUAGACCACCCA